UAACGUUUAUUUAUUUUUGAGACAGAGAGAGACAGAGCAUGAACGGGGGAGGGGCAGAGAGAGAGGGAGACACAGAAUCGGAAGCAGGCUCCAGGCUCUGAGCCAUCAGCCCAGAGCCCGACGCGGGGCUCGAACUCACUGACCGCGAGAUCGUGACCUGAGCUGAAGUCGGACGCUUAACCGACUGAGCCACCCAGGCACCCCGGCUUGCUUUUUUUUUUUAUGUUUGUUUAUUUUGAGAGAGAGAGAAAGAGUGGGCGAGAGGGGCAGAGAGCGAGAGGGAGAGAAUCCCAGGCAGGUUCCGCACUGUCAGCACAGAGCCUGACGUGGGGCUCGAUCCCACAAACCACGAGACCAUGACCUGGUCCAAAAUCACAAGCUGGACGCCCAAACGACUGAGCCACCCAGAAACCUUGGAUCCUUGGCUUUCUAUAGGCUUCUCCUUACAGUACUCACUUGUAAGUUGCUCUCCUGGAUUUAAAAAAAAAAAAAAAAUCACACCGUUCUGUGUAGACCCCGUUUCUGUCUAGAGACCCUGUGGUAUUUCCCCUUUUCCUCCCUCUAGGAACUGCUGCUGACACUCUGGUCUUGGAGAGGAGAGUCCUUUCACAACCUCGUAGAGCCAGGAGGAACCCUGUUUCCCAGAUGUGGAAACUGAGCCCCCAGAAUCUCAGGCGGGUGCCACAACUGUCUCACAGCAGUUAGUCCACCGCCCGGGUCUUGCCGCCUCCCGUUUUUUUCUCUUCUCGCCCACGUGAGCCUACAGCACCCACCACCCAAAAACCGGGUCCACCAUGGUCCUUUAUAAAUCUAUCGCUCAAGGGAUAUUUUCCCAUUCAAAUCUAAUUGUGCCACAAAUUGCUAGUACUGAGAUGUCCCUGAGCUCGUCUGAGAGCGUGGCUCCUCUGUGACCUAGCCGCACAUGUGUCAUAAUCGGAUUUGAGGCUCACUCAGCCCCUCGCAGGCAGCAUUUAAGUAGCUGCUCUGGGGCUGCGCUGUUCUAAGAGCCAGAACAGCAGAGCACAAUCUCUGUGCCCAGUUUGCCAGGACACCGUGUAAUUGAAUUCUGCACAGCCAGACGCCAUCGGAUUCGGAUUCCGCCUUUUGUCAGAUGUUCCUCCUGCUGAUCAAGAGAAGCUUUUUAUCCAGAAGUUGCGUCAGUGUUGUGUCCUCUUUGACUUUGUUUCCGAUCCACUGAGUGACCUAAAGUGGAAGGAAGUAAAACGAGCUGCUUUAAGUGAAAUGGUAGAAUAUAUCACCCAUAACCGGAAUGUGAUCACAGAGCCUAUUUACCCGGAAGUAGUCCAUAUGUUUGCAGUUAACAUGUUUCGAACGUUACCACCUUCCUCCAAUCCUACGGGAGCAGAAUUUGACCCCGAGGAGGACGAGCCAACGUUAGAGGCGGCCUGGCCUCAUCUACAGCUUGUUUAUGAAUUUUUCUUAAGAUUUUUAGAGUCUCCAGAUUUCCAACCUAAUAUAGCGAAGAAAUAUAUUGAUCAGAAAUUUGUAUUGCAGCUUUUAGAGCUCUUUGACAGUGAAGAUCCUCGAGAGAGAGACUUUCUUAAAACUACCCUUCACAGAAUCUAUGGAAAAUUCUUAGGCUUAAGAGCUUACAUCAGAAAACAGAUAAAUAAUAUAUUUUAUAGGUUUAUUUAUGAAACAGAGCAUCACAACGGCAUAGCAGAGUUACUGGAAAUCCUGGGGAGCAUAAUUAAUGGCUUUGCCUUACCACUAAAAGAAGAGCACAAGAUUUUCUUAUUGAAGGUGUUGCUACCUUUGCACAAAGUGAAAUCUCUGAGCGUCUACCAUCCACAGCUGGCGUACUGCGUCGUGCAGUUCUUAGAGAAGGACAGCACCCUCACCGAACCGGUGGUGAUGGCCCUUCUCAAAUACUGGCCAAAGACGCACAGUCCGAAAGAAGUCAUGUUCUUAAAUGAGUUAGAAGAGAUCUUAGACGUAAUCGAACCAUCGGAAUUUGUGAAGGUCAUGGAACCCCUCUUCCGGCAGCUGGCCAAGUGUGUGUCCAGCCCACACUUCCAGGUGGCGGAGCGAGCGCUGUAUUACUGGAACAAUGAGUACAUCAUGAGUCUAAUCAGCGACAACGCGGCCAAGAUCCUUCCCAUCAUGUUCCCGUCCUUGUACCGCAACUCCAAGACCCACUGGAACAAGACAAUACACGGCCUGAUCUACAACGCACUGAAGCUCUUCAUGGAGAUGAACCAGAAACUGUUUGACGACUGUACCCAGCAGUUCAAGGCGGAGAAGCUGAAAGAGAAGCUAAAAAUGAAAGAACGAGAAGAAGCGUGGGUUAAAAUAGAAAAUCUAGCCAAAGCAAACCCCCAGGCCCAGAAGGAUCUGAAGAAGGACCGGCCCCUCGUGCGCCGCAAGUCUGAGCUGCCUCAGGACCUCCACACCAAGAACGCCUUGGAGGCUCACUGCAGAGCUGACCAGCUGGUCUCCCAGGACGGGCGCUAGUCCCCCGGAGGACCGCGUCGGGCUGGGGACGCCUGCUCUCUCCUGGAGUCUGUAGAAAAUACAUCCCUUGUGUGCCAUACAAAUCAGUUACACUCAGAGUCCAAGCUUUUCUUCCACCCCGUUCUGUAGGCAGCGACACACUCUGCCUCAGCUCGAGAUUAGGAGUUCAAACAAUGGUGGCUUCCCCGAUGUGUCCGUGGAGCCCGAGGGCCACCGGCCGCGUCCCCGGCGCGUCGUCUCAGCCCCGGCACGGCCCCCGUAAGACGGCUUCCCCAAAUCAGAGCUAAGGAGAGCACCCUAGACAUCUUCACGUUCGGCCCAGACGGAAUUCGCGAUCGUUUACCAUAAGUGGUUCUGUGAUCGUGUGGAUGUGCUUCAGAUCAGAGGAACACUUGAAACAGAAACGCAUCGCGUAUUCUUGAAGAUUCUACAACCUCUUUGAUUGUUUCCACGUGACUAUUGCGCCAGUAGUCAGUCGUUUUCUCUCCUUGCUCUCUCUCUUUUUUUUCCCUUUUCAUCUCGUUGAAGUGGUCCUUUGCUGUCAUCAUUCUAACACAACUUACUGGGAAAAGUGACGUGACAAUCCUCGGCCACUGUGUUUUCCUGAGGUGUUUCUUUACUUUGCCUGAUGACCCGUGUGCCGUGUUACUCUCGUGUACAGCUAAAGCCAUACUUCCAAGCCCGCGGCCCAGCACCAGGGACUCCACGAGUGAGCUCGUAGGAGAAACGUGUUUUUAGAAAACGGCUUUCUCCGUCCACCUUGACCGGAAUUGGAAUUUUAAAACGAUGUGUCCCCUCUUUUUUUUUUCUUUGCAUUUUUUUGUCUCUACUGACACACGGUUGCCCUUUAACGAGGCUCUUGAAUGAAUAAAAUUCUCAUCUCUAAGAAUUGAUUUGAUACAUUUUGUAGAAAGUUAGAACGAGACCCUCUCGAGCUCGGCCAGUCCGGCCCCCGCCUCUGGGCAUAAAGUAACAAAAAUGCCACCAGACGCCACCAUCCGUGCCGGGCGCCGCCCCGACAUCCGCUGGGUGCCGGACGCGGGCCCGAGGGCUCGGACGGGCAGCCGCCAGGGCCGCGGUGAGUCCUUCCCCGCCGACCAGAGCACGCGGUAUAAACACCUCAUCAGGAAAAGACAGUGUCUGAGUUUCCAUGGGUCUUCAAAUGCUGCUAUAGAUCCACAGAUUUCCCUGCAUGUUCUGAGCUUUCUGUUUGAAUGGAAUCGCACGAGGAGAAAAACCCUUCACCCGUGGUGCGUCCGCUCCGUAUUUCUCUCAGGGUGGCCAGUAUUUUGACUUCCUUAUCCUGCUUGAAAUCUAUUUGAGAUGUGUACUGCUAUCCCGAGCAAGUGAUUCAGUUUCCUUGGUCUGUGGCCUAAGAUGCUAUAAGUUCGUGUUAAAUGUCGCUGAUGCGCAGAAGAUGAGACGUGGCUUCUCUCAGGCUGUCCGCUCUGACUCGAGGUCGCGGGUGUCCGCUGACACGUUGUGGGAAGCGGACCUGGGCCCCGGGCAGCUGUGACGCCCGCUGCUCCGGGGUCGCCUCCGUCCCUCUUUCCGCAACGUCUGUGUCCCCGCGUCCCGGAGGAAGGUUGCAGAGGGGGGUGGCGGGGUGGGCCCCGUGUUCGGAGCAAGGGCUCCCUGAAAAAAACCGCCCCAGCUGGAAGCAGGAAGGGCCACCUUGGGAGAAGAAAUGCUUCCUGAGAAACUUGACAAGUACCUAUCAAUUGUACCAUUAUGAAAUGUAUCCUUUAAAAACAAAAAGUUUAGAUGCCUUCUCCUUUUGAGGGAAAAAGGGUGCUUUUUAUUGUAUAAAGCAGCAUCUUAUGUAUUUUGAUAUACCAUUGUUUGAACUUCCGUCUUUAGCUGAUAGAUCCUCAGAUAUCCUCGAUUCUGGAUGUUCAGUAUGUGUGCGAGAGAGGGUCCUGGGAAGGCCCCCCCCUCUGCCCUCGGUAAAAAGCGAAAUAUCCUUGUCUGGGUGACUGUAUGAAGCUCAGCCUGUAAAAACACCUUUUUUGUCGAGCUUUUAUCUCUGCUCUUUAUUGAAGACAAACAUUCACCAAAAAGGGGGGAAAAAAAAAAGUUUUGAGAGAAACUAAUUUUCUUUGACGAGAGUAUUAUUUCAUAUUUUGGCCUAUUAAAGUUUUCCUAGUUAGUACUCAGAUUCCCUGUGCUAAUUGUUCGACUUCUAUAAGAUACACCAUUUAUUAUAUUAUAUAGAUACGCCGUUUAUCCUGCACCAAACUGAUUUCAAAAGUACGACACUGAGAACAAACUGGUGACUGUUUUUCUUCGUAAAGUCCCGCAUCCGGCAUCUUCACUGUUUCCAGACUGUAUCUGUACAUCAGAAAUGUCCGAGUGUCUUUUUAGUGUGGCUUUAGUAUGGCUUCCUUUUAAUAUUGUACAUACACUGUAUCUUUGUUUUAUGGUAAUAAGUAAUAAAAAUGUAGACUUCA